AUGUCCAAAUCCAAUACAUUAGGGAAGUUGGCCGAAGCUACUUCGAAAACACUCAAAUCAAAACCAUACCAAAAGAAACCACAAGGUAACAAAUUAUAUCCAGAUCCUAAAGUUGCAAGGUUUUUAUCAAAAACUGAUCCAAUACGGAAAGAAGAAAUACAAGAUCAACUAUUUACACAAGGUUCUGGUCUUCCCAGAUUAUCCAAGAUCAAUCCAGCCGCCUCGAGAAGUAUAUUACAAGGAGGUGAUGAUAGAAGCUCAGGUAUUCCAAGAAUGGGAUCAAAUAAUAUGUUUGGAUUAUCAUCAACUGGGAGAUUACAAAGAAACAUAGAUUAUUCCAAUCCAAAAGAUGUUCAAUGGAUGACAUUUGAAACCAAGAAACCAGAGAUUUCCCAGUCAUAUAAGGAAAUCAUUGAGGAUAAUUCAAUAUUGUUGAUUAUAAAUGAUAUAAGUGAUACUGCUACAGAUGUAAACUAUAAAAACAAAAUUGAAGGUACCAUUAAGGCUUUUGAAUCUGUGCCUAAUACAACAAAAUUCCUAAAUAUCCAGAAAGAGAUGUUCAUAAAGCUCUUGGAAAAUGAUCCAAUCUUAUAUAAAUGCCUUGCAAAUCUCAGGAUUCAACCUUCGUCUAAAGUGGGUAAAUUAGGUUCGUUCAUGAAAUUGAUAUCAAUCCCAAGUCAUGCCAUUGAAAUCACCCCAAAGAUCAUCGAUGUGCUUCAAGCCAACAAAGGCAGCUAUAAAUUGGUGUCAUUAUAUGUGAAUCUUGAUCGUUCUCCUCAACUAGCACAAGAUUUAAUUUCAAUUUCCAAGGAUUUUACAUCGGAUACCAAAGAGAUGAACUACGAAUCAUUAUUGAAAAAGGCUAUUGACUCACACACUGAAGACAGCACAUCCAAGUCCAUUUUGAAGAAGAUUGGGGAGUCCAACUUGUUGAAGUUAUCCACCACUGACAAGAGUAUCAGUUUUAUCAUUGCAGACACUGGGAAGACUGAUAUCAACCAUAAAAUCACCAGCUAA